UCGGGUUUCUCCAGCGCACUGGCAUUUAAAUCUGCUGCAGUGGGAAGCCUGUGGACGCCUGUCAUCGUGAGUGAAUCUGCUCUGGUGGAAGAUUUGGCGCUCGUUUUCUUUUCUCUUCUCUUUCAUAAUAGCAAUUGUAUCUCUUGCAUUUGCUGAGUGAUACAUUGUAGCCUCUAGCGGCGCGCGCUUUUAUUCCAACAAAGCCUGAAUGAAAGGCUGCCCGUUUGGCCAUGUUUUAGACCGUAACAUAUAAGCAGAAUAUUAUGUAAGGCAUCAUAUUUUAUAAUUAUGGUCUAGUCUUUUGUGCGUUUUGUGUCGUUAGUGGCCUAGAGACAAGGGAACAGUUUCAAUGGACUCUUAAAAUACAUCGACGUCAGUACAGAUCCAUUCAUUUGAAUACACUACGGCGCGUUUGUGCAUAUUGUGAAAUAAUUAUCCAAGAAAAACAGAUUUAUCGUCUAAGCUUGCCCAUACUCGAGUUGCAUCAUGUUCAGCUGGUUGGGUACCGAUGACAGGAGGAAGAAAGAUCCAGAGGUCUUCCAGACUGUCAGUGAAGGACUCAAGAAGCUUUACAAAACCAAACUGCUUCCACUGGAGGAACACUACAAAUUCCAUGAGUUCCACUCACCCGCUUUGGAGGAUGCAGACUUUGACAAUAAGCCCAUGGUUCUCCUGGUGGGACAGUAUUCCACUGGCAAAACAAGCUUUAUAAGAUAUCUCCUGGAGCAGGACUUCCCUGGUAUGCGGAUUGGUCCAGAACCCACAACUGACUCCUUCAUAGCAGUGAUGCAUGGCACCAUGGAGGGACUAAUUCCAGGAAACGCGCUGGUUGUGGAUCCCAAAAAACCCUUUCGGAAACUCAACGCCUUUGGCAAUGCCUUCCUAAACAGGUUUGUGUGUGCCCAGCUGCCCAACCCUGUUCUGGAGAGCAUCAGCGUGAUUGACACUCCAGGAAUUCUGAGUGGAGAGAAACAGAGGAUCAGCAGAGGCUAUGACUUCGCCGCGGUGUUGGAGUGGUUCGCCGAACGCGUGGACCGCAUCAUUCUGCUGUUUGAUGCCCAUAAGUUGGACAUCUCAGAUGAGUUCUCAGAGGUCAUCAAGGCCCUCAAAAACCACGAGGACAAGAUCCGCGUGGUUCUCAACAAGGCCGACCAGAUCGAGACGCAGCAGCUGAUGCGUGUCUACGGCGCUCUCAUGUGGUCGCUCGGGAAGAUCGUCAACACACCUGAGGUGAUUCGUGUCUACAUCGGCUCGUUUUGGUCGCAUCCUUUGCUGAUUCCAGACAAUCGCAAACUGUUUGAAGCGGAAGAACAAGAUCUGUUCAAGGAUAUCCAGUCGCUGCCCCGUAAUGCUGCCCUUCGCAAGCUCAACGAUCUGAUCAAGAGAGCUCGUCUUGCUAAGGUCCAUGCGUACAUCAUUAGCUCCUUGAAAAAAGAAAUGCCCUCAGUCUUUGGGAAGGAGAACAAAAAGAAGGAGCUGAUUAAUAGCUUGGGUGAGAUCUACAGCCGCAUUGAGAGAGAACACCAGAUUUCCCCAGGAGACUUCCCUAAUCUUAAGAAAAUGCAGGAGCAGCUUCAAGCACACGAUCUGAACAAGUUCCAGCCUCUUAAAAUGAAGCUGUUGGACACCGUGGAUGACAUGUUGGCCCAUGACAUUGCCCAGCUCAUGGUUCUGGUGCGUCAGGAGGAGACGCAGCGCCCCAAUCAGGUAGUAAAGGGCGGUGCCUUCGAGGGCACCAUGAACGGGCCGUUCGGACACGGAUAUGGCGAGGGAGCCGGCGAGGGCAUCGAUGAAGUCGAAUGGGUGGUGGCACGUGAUAAACCUAUGUAUGAUGAAAUCUUCUACACUCUCUCGCCCGUCAAUGGCAAAGUGACUGGAGCCAAUGCUAAGAAGGAAAUGGUGAAGUCCAAGCUGCCAAACACUGUGCUUGGUAAGAUCUGGAAGUUGGCUGACAUUGAUAAAGAUGGGAUGCUCGAUGAUGAGGAGUUUGCUUUGGCCAAUCACCUGAUCAAGGUCAAACUAGAAGGUCACGAGCUUCCGAGUGAACUGCCCGCUCAUCUUGUGCCGCCCUCCAAGAGAAAAAUUCCAGAGUGAGACUGAAAUGGAUUUUGGGAAAGCAUAUAGGUUUGAAUUUAGGUUGCUGUUGAAUUAUCGAUGGCUGGACAACCAUUAUUAUAGAAAAAAAACAGUGACUUCUUUGAAAUGUGUGGUUUAUGCUUCACUAGCAAGAAUGGAUUUUAAAAAUGACCCACCUUUUCAACUCUGUUGACCUGUGUAUGACCUGUGACCUUUUUUUUUUGUUUUUAAUUUAGUUUUUUUUUUUUUUUUUUUUUUUAAAUGAACAAAAAGUGCUGUCUGCAGUGUUUUAUGUGUGCUUUCGGAUUUUAGUCAUAUUUUUAUGCCAUAAUUUCAAUUUCAUCUAUUCAGCUAGCAUGACUGUAACACUGUGUCCUAACCAGAUGUGUACCUUUUGCUGAUUGCUUGAUUUCAGUUUCUGGGGCAAUUUGCUUGCUAGGUCUAAAAACCUACUUCUUGUUUUAAGUUCGGACAAUUAGUUGUUGCAUUGCACCAGGUUAGGACACGCUAAAAUGCUUUUCAAUGUAUUUCAUUUUCAUGCUCAAUUUACACUACUGUUCAAAAGUUUAGGGUCGAUAAGUUGUGUUUUGAAAGUCGUAAAAACAUUAAUAUUGUGAAAUAUUAGGAUUAGUUCACCCAAAAACGAAAAUUCUGUCAUUAAUUACUCAACCUCAUUCCAAACCCGUAAGACCUUUCGUUCAUCUUCAGAACACAAAUUAAUAUAUUUCUUGAUCAGAUCCGAGAGCUUUCUGACCCUGCAUAAACAGCAACGCAAUUACCACAUUCAAGGCCAAAAAAGGUAGACAGGACAUCAUUAAAAUAAACCAUGUGACAUCAGCUUUAUAGGAUUUUGGGUAAAUUUGGACAGGCCCCUUUUCUACACAGUACUUUAUCAAAGGGUAAAUUUCAGCAUUUUUUUGAUAAUUAUUGACCUAUGGAGUCCAGAGAAUUGUACUGCAGUAUUUUUUUCCAGAUUGAGUGAAAAACCUAGGACUAGUUUGCUAAAGUAGGUUUUUUUGCAUCUUCUCAAACAAAUGAUUUGAUUGACAGCAGUGGUUCUAGAGGCAAAGUUUUGAUGAGCUCAAAUGAGGAGUUCUGUGAUAUGACACGAAUAUCGUGUGUAUGUGCGAAAAACGUGCAAUGUACAAUCAUUUAGGCUCUUGAAAAAUGCGAUAUUGCCCUCUUGAUUUCAAAUUUCUCAGACCUUUGGGGCCGUGAGUCAAACAGGCCCUCCAUUAACCAGUGGCAGCCAAUGGCAGCUAUUGGCAGCCAUUAUGUUUUGAGAUAACAAAAAUGUCCUUACAGACUGUUGUGGUGAUUUUCAUGUUGAUGGGGACAAAUGGUUGUGUAGUUAUAGCCAUUUUUAUGGUUUUUCCCUCUUAUAGCACCACCAAGCGGCCAUGCUCCACAAUUUUAUUUUUCCCUGUGACCUCAGAUUGAGUUCUUACGUAAGUGUUCUGAAUGGUAGUGUAUAUCAAACUGAUCUGUGUUUUAGAAGGGGCGAGACAUCAAAUAAUGCAGAAAAACAUGAAUCUUAUUCUGAGUUCUUACAUAAGUGUUCUGAGUUUGGCGAAUAUAUCUCAUUCCGUUCAGGAGUUAUAGGCAUUUUACUAAAAGUGGCUCUGCCCCUUUCAAACGUUUUGGCAUCCCUUUACAAGGGUGAGUUGAAAGGUCAUCUUGAUAUUCGCAAAAGUUCACAAAAGUAAAUAUUUAAAAAAUCCAAAAUAACCGAAAAUGCGAGCCAAGGAUUCCAACGACAUAAGACUUGAGUCUGUGACUGACAGUUUAGAAGUUAUGAGCGAUUUUUGAUCCUGUAGCACCCCUGUCAGGCCGAUUGGGGUGAGGCUUAGUGACGUUGUCAGCGGUGUGAGUCCUACCAUCCCUCCAGGUUUCAAGUCUCUAUGACUUACAGUUUGGUCUGCACGAUCAGUUUAAUGUGGAGAUUGCUGGUCCCUGGCCAUUCUAACAAUUACAAUAGGGUUUCAGCGCUACACGCUUUCUGGGCCUUGAAUGUGUCAGUUGCAUUGCUCUUUAUGCAGGGUCAGAAAGCUCUUGGAUUUCAUAAAAAUUAUCUGUAUUUGUGUUCUGAAGAAUAACAAAGGUCUUACAGGUAUAUAACGACAUAAGGGUGAGUUAUUAAUGACAGGAUUUUCAUUUUUGGGUGAACUAUGCCUUGAAGAUAACUUUUUUUCUGUUUUAAUGCGUUUCAAAAUGUAAUUCAUUCCUGUGAUGGAAAAUCUGAAUUUGCAUCAGACAUUACUUCCGUUACUACCCGUCUUCCAUGUCACAUGAAAAUGAAUAAGAAUCUCACUAACCUCAAACUUUUGAACGGUAGUGUAUAUCAAACUGAUCUGUGUCUCAGAAGGGGCGAGACAUCAAUUAAUGCAGAAAAACAUGAAUCUUAUUCUGAAUCAGUUGUUGUUCUAAGUGCGCAACUAUUAAAAUCUAGCAAGAAAAGCGCAAUUCCUUUUAUAAGUAGGUGUAAUUGUUAUUCUCUUCUUGUUAAGGCGGCAUCUUUAAUGAAUGCGAGUCCUUUCUAGCCUGACCAAGAGACUGUUAAACCUGUAUAGACGUCACGUCAGAAGACUCAGUGUUUAGUGUUCUCGAUGGACCCGUAGAGCUAGUAUCCUUGUCAAUAGUCUACUGUAUAUGUUAAUACCUAACAAAUCGAAACUAACUAGGGUUAUAGAAAUGUUUAUAUCCUUCCCGUCUGAUUUCCAAAGAGGGAAAAGAAUGAUGCUGCAAAACAGCUUUAUUCAAGUGAUGUGAACUUCUCUUUCUGAGUGUUUCUGCAUUCACAUGCUCAUUGAAAGAGCAGCGGCUUUGGAUCUAAAUAUGUAUUUAGUUAUAAUACUUAUAAUAUCGGCAUUUAAUGAAGCUUUACCUCUAUAUCUACCCCUUGACAAGCAACUAGAGCAUUUUCGGAUUUUUAGGAUCUGAGUGUGAAUUAUGGUUUUAUGCACUGAACUAAAUGGUCAUUAAAGGGAUAGUGCACUAAAAAACAAAAAAACAAUGCUGUCACCAUUUACUUACUCUCAUGUCAUUUUAAACCUGUAUGAUUUCAAUUUUUAGCAAAAUAGUCGCACUGCUAUUUUAUAUAAGAGCUCAAAAAUGAAAAAAAGUGGACACGACUGAAGGAUGACAGAAUUUUUACUUUUUGGUGUACUGUUUCUUUAAAUCUGAUCUGCUUUGAUCUGAAUGGCUAUUUGCUUAUGUGAAAUAUCUCCACUGGCUAAAGUCUGUUUAGUUUGAUCAGUUAAACCUAUAUGCUGCCUCGGUGCCUUGAGACACACCCGCCUCAAUUUGUGACACUAGAGAUGUACAAAGCACACUGUCGUGUUCUACAGUACCAUUACAUGCUCAUGAAAUAAACAGACAUUCUUCAAAGACUUUCAUUAAUGCUCCAUUUGCAGUUUAAUGUGAGUCUCAAAUUAAAAAAGAAAAUUCCAGAUUUGCUCAUCAAGUUUUUGCACAUCAAAAUAUUUUUUUGGCCAUAAAUGUAGGGUUGUGCAUUUGUGCGUUUGACCAAGUAUGUACAUGUAUAUGGGUGCAAUAUGGUUUGAAAAUGUAUUGUGAAGUAGUCUGUGUAUGUGUGCUCGUUGCUCAUUGUGUUUUAACCAGUGUGGACAAACUAUGUGAGAGACUACUGUUCAGGGAGGUGGACAUUAUUCAACUUAAUAAAGAUCUAACUCAUUUAAAAGUC